AUGUCAGAUUCAAGCAUAGAGAUGAAGGACGCGAUGCCUCUUCAGACACCUCAAAACACACCUUCGGCUGGCUUCAAUUUAAGCAAAAGUACUUUGGAAAAGGCCAGAGAGGAUUUGGCCACGAAGAAAGAAGACGAUUCUGUCCAAAAUCAGGUCCAGGGCUUAAUCUCUAAUAACCCGGCCAUGCUUUCCAUGAUUCAGGGACGUUUAAGCACUUUGGUAGGCAAAUCAUCUGGAUACGUUGAAAGUCUACCAGCAAAUGUGCAUGCUCGAAUUUACGCAUUAAAGGGAUUGCAGAAUGAUAGUGAGAGCAUUCAAGUUGAGUAUCGUGAAAAAAUGUUGGAAUUGGAAAGAAAAUUUGAAAAGAUGUAUGAUCCUUUGUUUUCGAGACGGGCUGAAAUUGUUCAGGGUAUCUCAGAGGCCAAGCCUGAAGAACUCGAUCAAGAAUUCGAGGUGAUGAAAAACAAUAACCGAGAUGUAAAGGGUAUUCCCAAUUUUUGGCUCACUUGUUUGCAAAACGUCUAUCUCGUGGCCGAAAUGAUUAGUAGCCGCGAUGUAGCUGCUCUGGAAUCCCUUAAAGAUAUUCGCUUCUCGAAUUUAUCUGAAGGACAAAAAGGCUAUCGAUUGGAGUUUGACUUCGCUCCUAAUGACUAUUUUUCCAACAAUGUGUUGACGAAGACUUAUUAUUACAAGCAAGAAUUAAGUCCUACUGGUGAGUUUUUAUAUGAUCGGGCAGAGGGAGAUGAAAUUGAAUGGAAGCGACCUGACUGCAAUUUAACCGUUGAGGUUGAAACAAAGAAGCAACGUAACAAGCGAACCAAGCAAACUCGUAUGGUCCGUAGUACAGUUCCUGCCGAUAGUUUCUUUACCUUUUUUGUCCCUCCUCAAGUCAACGAAGAGGAAUCUGACUCUGAGGAUGGAUUUGAGGACAAGACUGAAUUGAUGGAAUUGGAUUAUCAGCUAGGUGAAAUCUUUAAGGACCAAAUUAUCCCCCUUGCAGUUGAAUGUUAUUUAGGAAAUGUUGAAGGUGAUGAAUUUGAAGAUGAUGAAGACGAAGAUGAAUUUAGCGACGAGAAUAGUCAAGCUUUUGACGAGUCCUCAGACGAAGACGCAGUUUUGAGCAGUGGACUCAGCGAUUAA